GGAGCUAAACAGAGCUCAUAUCAGUACAGAGCAGGAAGCACCGUACUACGCUAGCGAAAUUAUUCUUACCAAACACGUGAACUAAAAGCGAAAAAGUUAAUCAAAAGGGAAAACACAACAACUACACAUUUCUUUAUUACAAAUCGGGAUUACUAGAAGAAAAAAAAAAGUUUUAAUUCCUACCGUUACGGGAAUGAAUGAACCACAAGAUCGUUAUUGAAGACUGGGAUCUUUUGCGAAAUUGAAUGCAGCAAAGUCUUGCAGAUCUUUCAGCAUUGGAUUCCUCAGACCAUCCUCCUCAACAAGAGCAGCAGCAAUAUAUUCAGCUGGCUGGUAAUUUCCUCUCACCUGAGACAAAAAGCUGCAGCGCCAGCUGCGUCUCCACCGCCUCUGUUUCUCCAGACAGUCAGAGCACCGGCAGCACAGCACCAUGGCUGCAGCCAAGACAGAGAUGCUCCCCUCAGCCCUGCAGAUCUCAGACCCACUGGGCUUCUCCUACUCUCCCAUGGACAGCUACCCCAAGCUGGAGGAGAUGAUGUUGCUCCACUCAACAGGGACCCCCUUCCUGACUGCCUCUGCACCAGACGGUGUAUGCUUUGGGACCGGGGAGCCAGGAGACUCAUACAACCAUCUGACUGGAGAUACAUUGCAUGAUAUCUCUAUCGGCUGUGAGAAGUCUCUAAUGGAGCAGACCUACUCAACCCCUCGCCUGCCUUCCGUCUCCUACACGGGGAGGUUCACCCUGGAGCCUGCAACCAGCUGCAGCAACAGCCUGUGGCCAGAGCCAUUAUAUAGCCUGGUCAGUGGGCUGAUGGGCAUGUCCCAACCACCCACCUCAGCUGCCCCAUGCUCCUCUGCUGCUCCGGUCAGCUCCUCCUCCCACACCAUGAGCUGGCCCAUCCAAGUCGGCGACACCAGCACCACCUACUGCAGCGUCAGCCCUGACCUCUUCCCUGACUCUAACCAGUCCUUUCCCAGCCCCUCAAACAGCUCAGUCCCGUACCCACCACCCGCCUACCCCAGCAGCAAGACAUGCUCCCUGCCCAACAUGUCUCUGCCCAUGAUACCAGACUAUCUAUUUCCUCAGCAGCAGGGUGAGAUCAGCUUGCUGCCCCCUGACCAGAAGCCUUUCCAGUGUCAGAGCAUCCAGCAGCAGCUCUCCCUCACGCCCCUGUCCACCAUCAAGGCUUUCGCCACACAGACUGGUUCUCAGGACCUGAAGGGCUCCUACCAGUCUCAGCUGGUGAAGCCUGGUUCUCAGGACCUGAAGGGCUCCUACCAGUCUCAGCUGGUGAAGCCCAGCCGCAUGCGCAAGUACCCCAACCGCCAGUGCAAGACUCCGCCUCACGAGCGGCCCUACGCCUGCCCCGUGGAAACAUGCGUCCGCCGAUUCUCCCGUUCAGACGAGCUGACACGCCACAUCCGCAUCCACACGGGCCAGAAGCCCUUCCAGUGCCGCAUCUGCAUGCGCAACUUCAGCCGCAGUGACCACCUGACCACACACAUCCGCACGCACACAGGCGAGAAGCCCUUCCCCUGCGACAUCUGCGGCCGCAAGUUUGCCCGCAGCGAUGAACGAAAACGGCACACCAAGAUCCACUUGAGGCAGAAGGACAAGAAGGUGGAGAAGGCAGGGUCCGCCCCCAUGGCCAUCCCUUCCCCAGUCUCGGGGUACUCCUCCCCCUCCACAUCAUACCCCUCUCCCAGCUCCUCAUACCCCUCCCCAGUGCCGUCCUCAUACCCCUCCCCAGUGGCGUCCUGCUACUCCUCCCCAGUGCACAGCUCCUAUGGCUCCCCAUCAGUCAAUACCAUGUACUCCUCAGCCUCCAGUACAUUUCAGACGCACGUGUCCACCUCGUACGGUUCCCCCACAAACAUUUACAGCUCCCCCGUGGGCACUCCUCAGUCAGACCUGCAGUCCACCCUCUCUCCAAAGAACAUUGACAUCUACUAAGACUUUCAUAUCUUUACUUAUCAUUUAUUUCUGUUUGAAAAGAACAAGCAAACAUCAUUGUUACCUUUUUGAAUGCACUUUUGCUCCCCCUGUGUCCAUACAGCACUUAAAGAUCAUGAAACAUGACCGAUAGCGACAGAGGAUGGAAAGGGAACAGCUUCUCUCUUCAACUCAACCCCAGUACUUCAACGAGUCUCCUGAUAUGUAGAAAGCAAAGGAUAUUAGGCUUUUGGUGGGACUUUGAUACUGACAGCCUGAAAUUCAAAAAGACGGAUGAUACGCAAACCGCCCCAUGUAUCAGUGUACCUGUGCCAUAUUUUGUUUUUCAUCCUUUUAGACUUUCGUUCUUUACAUGGUAUCAUGGGAACUUGAUGGCACCAUGUUUCUCUGAAUAUGUUUUCUCGUAUGUAGUAACAAUGGUGGAACCACUUUUUAUUGGAGAAGUACUUUAGCAUGUUUACUGUAAGACACAUCUGUUUCUAUUGUUUUGUGUAUUUACCCAUUGGUACUCUCUUCCCUGUUGUUCCUUUUUCUACACGGAUUAAUGAAAAUUAUUUUUCAUUAACAUUUUCGUGCCUUUUUGUGAAGUUCAGCAAACUAAACUCUGUUUGUGAUUGGAUGCGUUGCAUCUGAAGUAGCCUUAGAAUGUGAAGUGUAUUCUUCACGGAUUGUAAGAGAUUUUUAAGGGAUGAUUCGGAGGGAACCGAGGUCAUAGCUUACACAAGAAUAUAAGCGAAAAAAUAUAUUUUUUUAUAAUUGAAAGCAUAAAUAUGUACAUAUUCACCAGUCAAAAUGUUGUUACCUACUGAGUAGGCAUGGGAUUUUUGCAUGUUAUUUACAUGCAGUUCAUUAUUUUGUGGUUAUUUGUCAUUGUAAAACCAAGUGACUGUUUUUGGUUUCUAAAGACAUUGAAAGCGCUUAACUGCCAAGGAUAUUUGGUGUACAUGAUAUCCUUUAAGAAAAGGGAUAUUAAUAAAAUAUCAAUAUAUUACGAUAAAA